AUGGCAGAUAAACAAAAUCCAAGUCAAGUCUCCGCGACAUCACUCUCCAAAUUGAAGAGAUCGAGAAAUGGCAAUCGCUCACAGAUGACGAAGCUACUCAACAAGGCAGAAGCAGUCAUCGCCUCCUUUGAACUCGAAAGUACCGACAAGUUCGUGGCCAUCGAGACACUCACCUCGAAUCAAGAACUGAUACAAGAGAGGUAUGAUAUACUGAAAUCCCUUGAUGAACGUAUCUUAGAACUGGUAGAGAAAGACGAUAUAGAAAGUACCAUAGAAGAUUCCAGUGACUACCUCAAUGACGUCUAUGCAAGUGAAUUCAAGAUUCAACGGUUAAUCGAAAGAAAGCGCAGGGAACCAACAAACCCAUCCAGCCCCGGAACAGAGGAAACAACCCCACCGACAGUUUCAACCCCGCCGACAGUUACACCCAGUACAAGCGGUGACAAUACAGCACAGGCGAUGUAUUUCACUGCCCCGAAAACAAUAAGCCUGCCAAAACUUCAACUGCCGACAUUUAAUGGUAAUAUACUUCAAUGGGUGAGUUUCUACGAUGCCUUUAAAUCUGCAGUACACAGUGAUUCUAAUCUCGAAGAUGUCCAAAAGUUCCAAUAUUUACGUGCGCAACUUACAGGCGAAGCAGCUCGUGCCAUUGAAGGCCUUCAACUGACCGAUUCUAACUACAGACAUGCCAUUCAGAUUCUCGUUGAUCGUUAUGGACAAAACCAUAAAAUCAUCGCCGCAUACAUGAAAUCGCUAUGGGAGAUGCCAAAACCAACGGGUGAUCUCAACAGCCUGAGAAAUUUUUAUGACAGUCUUGAAAGUUAUAUUCGCGAUCUCCAAUCUUUGGGAAAAAGAGAAGACUCAUACGGCGAUCUGCUUGUGCCGAUUAUGCUAGAGAAAUUACCCGGUUACGUCCGAAAACAAAUUGCACGGGAACACGGCAAUUGUGAGUGGAAACUUUACGAAUUACGUGAAGCUAUCAUUAAGGAAAUUGACGCAUUACAAGCCGACGAAUUUGACCGCGAACCACCUACUGAACCACCCGUCACCGCCGCGUUCUACGCCGGAACGUCUACAGAACCACAGAAACCACGAUCGUGUGCUUUCUGCAAGGGAGAACACAGCCCAAAUAACUGCAAAGUUGUCGUCGAUCGCAAUAAACGAAUGGAGCCUACGAACUCAAAUUCACAUGCGAACUCGCCGAAAACGCCAAAUGCCGCGUCACAUACGAUUGAAACCCACGUUCAAUUUGCCAAAGCCAACUUUGAAGAUAUUCCACGCGAAUUACCGACCGGGCCAGUCCUUCUGAAGACAGCCGUUAUUCAGAUCUCUGCCGACUAUGAGAAAGUUCACGCUAACGUAUUAUUCGAUGAAGGUGCCACUCGAUCUUUUAUUACUACAGAACUUGCUUCAAAACUUGGGAUUAAAUCUAUUCGCUCUGAAGUGAUACACCUCGCCGCAUUUGGAGACAAGAAUUCUCGUGCGCGAUCUUUGGAAGUGGCGACACUUACUUUACACACUAUUACAGGGGCCAAUUGUGACAUUAAUGCUUUAAUAGUGCCCGAAAUCUCAACACUAAUGAAGAACUUUGUUACUCCAUCGAUUCGCAACUUGCCUCAUUUACGUGGUUUGAAACUUGCGCAACCCGUUUCAAGUAUUGACUCUUUCACAGUUUCUUUAUUGAUUGGAGCAGAUUUCUAUUGGGACGUCGUCGAAGAUCACGUUAUACGCGGCCCAGGCCCAACCGCUGUAAGUUCGAAGUUUGGAUACUUACUUUCUGGCCCAAUCUGUCAAGGAAUAUCAUCGGAAACUAACGCUACCAUAUUACACGUCAUGACACACGUAUACGAAGAAGUAUCUAAACUACAAAGUUAUUGGGAUUUAGAAACAAUCGGGAUCAAAGAUGACUCGUCGAAAUCGGACAUUAAUGUUGAUAACUUCGAAAUCUUUCGUGAUACUCAUCUGCGAGUGGAAAACGGGAAGUACAUAGCUCGGUUACCCUGGAAACGUGACCACCCACCGCUUCCCACCAACUACGACAUCACUGAGAAACGCACUCGCGCCAUGGUCCGUAAAUUGACACCGGAACUUUUACAAACUUACGAUAAAAUCAUCAAUGAUCAGAAAAGCCGAAACUUCAUUGAAGAAGUAAAAGAUGACGACAAUACACGUGGCCAUUAUUUACCGCACCACUCAGUGAAAAAAGAUUCAAUUACAACGCCUAUACGAGUAGUUUAUGAUUGUAGUUAUAAAUCGCGUGAUUCCCCAAGUCUAAAUGAUUGUUUAGAAACCGGACCCUCCCUUCUGAAUGAUCUCACUUCAAUUCUACUUCGCUUCCGCGUCAACCGCUUUGCAUUAACUAGUGAUAUAGAGAAGGCGUUUUUGCAGGUUGGAUUAGAGAAUGAUGAUCGCGAGUUUACCAAGUUUAUGUGGCUAACGGAUCCGUCCGAUCCCGAAAGUCCAUUCACAAUAUACUGGUUGAAAGUAAUAUUAUUCGGUGCUGUUUCUUCUCCGUUUAUUUUAAAUGCUGUUGUCAAAACGCAUUUAGAAAAUAAUCUCGACAGCUCUACCGCAAAUGACCUCAGAGAAAACAUCUAUGUGGACAAUAUUGUUACAGGAACUGACAACACAAUUGGAGCAUCUGCAUACUACAAUGAUGCUACCCAACUUAUGAAUUCAUGUGGAUUUAAUCUACGCUCGUGGGCAUCAAAUUGUGACGAACUCCAUUCACUAGCAAGAAAGGACAAUGCUCUUGAUUCUAAUUCUAUGGUUAACGUUCUUGGAAUCCGUUGGUUAACUGAGUCCGACCAGUUAACUUAUACAAAGAAAGUCGGCUCGCCACAGCCAGUCAGUCUGACUACUAAACGCGAGGACAACCGCCGUCUUGUACGACCCCCUUGGAUAUCUCUCUCCAGUACACAUAAAGGCAAAAUUGUUUGUUCAAGAUUUACGGAAGAGACAAACUCGUACGAUCAGCGUUUAUUAGAACAAAGAAUGGACGUACAAACAGACCUAUCAACAAAUUAUAUUCACUAG